GUGAAGAGCACCAGCUGAUUGACAGGCGCUCCACGAAGGAGUUCGCUGAAGGAGUUGACGAAGAGGUCAUAGGCCAGCAGGCUCAGUUGAAUCAACAGCACCAGGGAGUAGUUGCUAGUCUGAAGCAUGGUGGCCCUGUUGUGCCUCAGGAAGUGUUCCUGUCCGGCUUUGGGAUUAGAACUGACCAGUCGAGGCUUCUGCAAGGUUUCUCCAGUAGCCCCUGGUCGACAUCUCUCCCCCCGCGGCGCCUCCGUUCAGUUCUGUGAGCAACACGUGGGAUGUUUUGGUCGUUACAGAACAUAAUCCACUACAACCAAUGUCCAAGUGGCUCAGCGAUGGAGAGGUGCUGGUGGGGCAGGGCAGCGGCGACGCAUCCUCAUGGAGCCCAAGAUCCAGGGGCCCGUCCGCUGGGGGCCUCGUGUCCAGCCCAGUCCGAGCCCGGUUGUCUUCACCCAGGGCCAGGGAAGCCAUGCCUCACCAGGAGCCACAGACCAUGGACAAAGCAAGGGAGCUGUUUGUGCUUUGUGAUAAAGAGGGCAAAGGAUUCAUCACCAAGAGAGACAUGCAGCGACUGGAAGUGGAGUUACCACUGUCCCUGGAUCAGUUGGAGGACGUUUUCGACAGCCUCGACAGAGAGAGUAAUGGAUUCCUCACUCCUGUAGAGUUUAACGCAGGCCUUGGAGGAAUCAUGGUGCUAGACGAGAGCUUAAACCAAAGCCAGAACGAGGGGCGGGCUGAGCCAGACCCGGUGGACUGGAACAACGACCCCGGAGUCAUCCGGUUUGUCAACCUGCUGGUCGAGUUGGGAGCAGACACCCUCUUCAAAAAUCAGUGGGAGGUGUCCUCCUUAUGGUUUGAACUGCAGAGGGAGAGACCGGAGCUCCUCACUGUCCUGGACGAUAUCCUGGUCCAAGCUUUGGCUGUCGUGCAGGACAGCACCAAGGAGAAGGACAGCCUGGAGCAGGCCCUGCGCAGGCGAGAGAGCGAGCACGAUCGCAUCGUUCAAUCCAUAUAUGAAGAAAUGGAGAGCCAGUUGAAGGAGGAGAGGGAGAAACAAAAGACGCAGGACAGUAUUAAACAGUGGGAGAGAGGACAACAUCUGGAAGCGGAGCUGAGCAUGCGGGAACAGGAGCUGGAGAGCAGUCUGGUCAAGCAGAGGGAGAUGGAGAGCAGUGUCCGGGCGCUGAGCUGUGAGCAGGCCGACAUCAAGGAGCAGAAGCAGCGGGUACAGAGCCUCAACGUUCAGCUCCGGGAGCAGCUGGAGUCCACCAGAGAAGAGCUGCAGGCCGCAAAGAGCCAGCUCAACCUGGUUCACGCCACAGCGGCUCAGGAGCUGGCCGUCAAGAAACGAAAUGUGUUGAAGGUGUCUAGAAACAUUCAAAAGGAAAAAGAGAGUCUUUUAAGACAACUUGACAUUCUGAGGGACAUGAACAAAAGGCUGCGGGACGAGACGGACACCCAACAGGCCCAGAAGAGGAGCCCCAUCCUAAAGGUUUUGCGGAAGCAAGGGUCUUUAUUAGGCAACUACGUACUUCAGGAAAACGCAAUGAAAAGACAGCUGAGCUCCACCAGUCCCCCUGAGCAGGAGAGGGAAGAACUCUCCAAGCUCCCCAAAAGACGACACUCAUCCAGUGCUCCGGGGUAUCAACACGAAGCGCACACUCAAACACAGAGGCCAGUGGUGAGUCCCCAGCGUGUGUUCAAGGUGGUGUUCCUGGGGAACUCUGGAGUGGGGAAGACCUCGUUCAUCCGUCAUUGCUGCACCGGUCACUUCUCCGACACCCUGAGCUCCACUGUGGGGAUCGAUUACCAGAUGAAGAACAUAACUCUGGGCUCCAUCAAUGUGGUCCUGCAACUCUGGGACACUGCGGGACAGGAGAGGUACCGCAGCAUCACUCAGCAGUAUUACCGUAAGGCCGACGGGAUACUCAGCAUGUAUGACAUCACUGACGGGGACUCCUUCCUAGCGGUCAGAGAGUGGCUGGAUUGUGUACAGGAGAGGAAAUGUGAGGGAGCGGUGCUGAUGCUUCUCGGCAACAAGGAGGACAUGGCGAACGACACGAGCAGGAAGGUGACGACGCAAGAGGGACACAGACUUGCAGAGCAUCACCAGGCUGAGUUUUAUGAGUGCAGUGCCAGGAGUGGAUACAACAUAGAAAGGCUUAUGUCCGAGCUGGCCCGGAUGCUGGUGGCUCAGCAAGACCGCCAAUGUAAUGACACACUGACACUCACUGAAAACACUGCUAAAAGAAGCUGCUGUUGAUCGCACAAUGAUUGGAUUGGAAGGACUGGAAAAAAUGACUAUUCACAGUGUUUAAUGGUCAGAUAUGUAUAGAUGUUAUCUAUACAAUUGUUAGUGCUUGGCACUUGGUUCUAUUUACGUCCUUACUGUACAGAAAGCGAUAUAUUGUUUUUCUUUCUUCUGAAGCCUUAAAAAAUUCUGACUUAUUUUAUGGCACUUUGGAUAAAAGUGUCUGCUAAAUGCCCUAAAUGUAAAUGUAAAUAUGUAUGUAUGAUUUAUUUUCCUUUCAAAUAUUUAUAUUGCUUUGACUAUAUUAUGUAAUCCAAUACAGUAA